AUGGAUGAGCUUGUGACUUGUUCAGUAGGUUGCCAAAAUAAGCCAAUUGUUGCAUGCGACUGCUCGGAUAAAGAGAUCUUUAUAUGCAAUAAUCAUCUUGUGACACAUGGAGAAUCAGCUGGGAAGCAUCAUUUCACUCGAAUCAUGAAAAAUCCAGAGCUACAAACCAAAAUUACUAUUUCUAAAUUUUUGAAAAGCUUAAAGCUUCAAGUAAAGCAAAAUCGGUCAAAAUUAAUUCAAGAAUCAUCCUUUUUAAUAAAGAAAAUAAAUGAAGCAGCUGAGAAAUCAUUAGGGGAGCUUAUAAGUAUAGAAAAAAGAUUAGACGAGUAUAUACGCUUAUGCGAUACUUUGGAGGAAGUCAAUAAUCUGAACAGCAAGAGCUUUAUUGAAUCAGCAUUAAAAUUAUCUCCUGAAGAUUCUAGAAAAAUAAAAUUACAGGAAGAUAUAAUGAUGAUUAACAACUCUGGUAUAAAAGAAAAAAUAGAAAGUCUAUUCUCUGUUAAAGAAGCUAAACUUUUAUUUGAUAUUGACAACUUUGAAGUCUUGAGGCCUAUAAAAGUAGAGCCAAUCAUAAAAUAUUUUAAAAACAGAGAUCUAUUUGCUGUUGAUGUUGUGUCACAAACCUCAAUUUCACAAAAUAUAAAUAAGAACUGAAAAGGAUGGGAUCCAACUUGCUUGCUAAAUGAUGGCUCUGUGUUUUGUUGCUUCGAUUCAGAAACUUUUAUUAUAACCCCAAAACACUUAAUAAUUCCUUUGGAUUCUUCUCGAUACAGUAACUAUUCUGGACUUAUUGCAAUUGAUGAUUUUGUUUACAUGUUUGGAGGAUCUGGAAACGCUUCAUUUAAAUUUUCGCUUGGAUCAAAACAUUGAAAUACAAUUGCUCAAUAUCCAGUAUCAGGCAACAGAUAUAUUUCUUGUGCUUUUAUUAAUAGUGUGAUAUUAAUUGUAGGUUAUGAAUCUCCAUAUCUAUACGGAUACAAUAUUUCAAAUAAUUCAUAUACAAAUGUUCCAAUUACAUUAAAUAGUAAAACAGGAAAGACUAUUUUAGCAACCAAAAACAAAGCUUAUAUAAUUGACUACAAUAGAUCCUGUUAUGAAAGUGGCUUAAACGAUAUCAAUACAUGAACACCAUUUGGGACUGCAAAUAUGCUUGAAGAAGGUUAUCCUCGCCAUUCUUAUUCAUUGCUAUAUAAAGAUAGCUUUUACUUUAUAACUUGUGGGAAUAAGCUCAUUGAAUUUGAUUUGAAAAAUAAACAAUUAAAGCUUCUCAAAUGGAACUUGCAGGUAUUAUAUUUUCUUUCUGAUUAA